AUGGUCGGUAGUAAAGCCUUUGACGGUGACAUCGUCACCUAUCCUGAGCUACAGCUGCUUCCCACAAUGAGGUUCGAUGGAGUUGUGAAUAAGUACCCCAAUAAGGUAGCGGUAAUCAGCCUCCAUGGGGUUUUAACAUACUCUCAACUAUGCGUCGCGGCCAAUCAACUUGCUUGGCACUUGCAGAAGAUUGGGGUAGGCCCCGAGGAUGUUGUGGCAGUGAGCCUCGAAAGAGGAAAUUUAUUUGUGGUUGCUAUAAUGGCAAUCUGGAAGGCAAAUGGCGCAUAUCUACCUCUAGACAUCUCAAUGCCCAGCAGCAGAAUGGACUUCAUGAUUUCAGACGGGCACGCUCGCUGCAUCAUAACAACAGAAUCCGUGGCCAGAGCUAGGAAACUUGACGAAAGUACGUCGACUGUGUUGCUUCUCGAUGAUAUUGGGUUCAUUCAAACCAUGUGGCAAUAUCCUCUCAGCUCCCCGCCGAGAACAGCGCAGAAUCACAAUCUAGCUUACGUUCUAUACACUUCAGGAACAAGUGGAAAGCCAAAGGGAGUGGGUAUUACGCAUCAUAAUCUCAUUAAUCUGGUUAAUGAUAUUCAACACACAAAGGAAAUUGUUCCCGACGAUCGUGUAAUGGUAUUUUCGCCUUUUUGCUUCGACGCUACUAUCAGAGACAUCGCGGGGACCCUUCUCACGGGUGCAACGCUCUACAUUCCCGAUCAGGAAGAAGUUCUGCCUGGAAAUUUUGUCGAGACUUUACAAAGCCGGAAAAUUACCAAUGUCGUAGUAACACCAAGUGUGUUGCAAAAUUGCCGUCCCCAGAGCUUACCUCUAUUGAGGAUGAUUGUGACUGCCGGCGAAAAGGUCGGUAAAGAUAUCAUACAGACCUGGGGAAAGGGGAGAAUUUUGAUCAAUGCCUACGGACCUACAGAAGCAACUGUUUGCUGCGCCAAAAAGACAUAUCAUGAGGGUGAGUUACUAGUUGGCGAGAAUGUCUCGAUUGGAGUUCCGAUACUCAACACAAAGAUUCACAUACUGGAUUCCGAGGGAAGACUUGCCAAAAAUGGGGUGAUUGGCGAAAUCUACAUAUCUGGCCCUAGUGUCAGUAGUAAGGGAUACCUCAAUCUACCAGAGCUUAACAAUGAACGAUUCUUUAAUAACAUGUACAUGGGAGUCGGCCGGACAUUCAGAACUGGAGAUUUGGGAAGACUGACACCUUGUGGUGAUAUCGAAUGUGUCGGACGCAAGGAUAGUCAGAUCAAGCUUCAUGGUCAGCGUAUUGAGAGUGAGGAAAUCACAGAACUGCUGUUGACCGAUCCGGCGGUACUAGGAGCGAUCAUUGUGCUUGAAGGGCCCAAUAACGACCAAUAUAUAGCUUGUUAUGUCGUUCGAACUCCGACUGGAAUCUUAAUGAAGGAAAGUGAUCUUUCAACACGAUUGGAUAGCCUUUUGAGAAAGAGACUUCCUUCGUACAGCAUUCCAAGCACAUUUCUUUAUAUCGACUCUAUUCCAACGACUAUCAGCAACAAGGUGGAUCUCAAAGCCUUACAUCAUGCGACACUUGCCUGCAAAGAUAAAAUUUCUCCAGAGAAGGUAGGCAAUCUCACGCCCUUCGAAAGAGUCGUGGCAACGGCACUUCUAGACGCCAUGGGAUUAGCCCCAAAUUUGCCUCUGAAUGCUCAAACUACCUAUUCUGAGCUUGGAGGCACUUCUCUACAAGCCGCAAUGGUUCUACAGUCUUUAAAUCAUAUCCUCAAGUGCAAGAUCAAAUUUGCCAAGUUCUAUAGACGAAAGUUGUCGGUCAGAGAUAUUGCAUCUUUGGCCACCGAAAACGAGAUUGGAGAGUCCCAGGAGUUCCACGCAGCUCUUCAACAGCAGCCCUAUCUUCCUCAAGACAUUUCUUUCCAUAGAGCAAUCGCUUGCACAGCCAGUUCACAACGACUGAUGUUGACGGGUGCGACAGGGUUUUUAGGAGCCCACGUUCUAUCCGCUCUGUUAGAAAAGGGCACAACCGGCGUAGUUUGCCUUGUUAGAUCUACAAACAAAUUGAGCGGUCUACGCCGAGUGGAAGCAGCACUAAAAUCAUGGUCACUUUGGAAAAACGAGUACAUGCAUCAUAUCGAUAUAAUUCCAGCAAACAUCAGUCAAGCUUUUCUUGGUAUGGACCCAGACAAGUACAUACUUCUUGCACAGAGUGUACAUGAAGUAUGGCAUUGCGCUGCUGAAGUGAGUUUCGUGGCUUCCUAUGCCGAUCUUGAAGGGACGAAUGUCGAUGGCAUGCGCGAAGUGUUACGAUUUUCCAAUGCACUUACUACAAAGCGACUGAUCUACGUGUCCACCUUAGCAGUCUUCUUCGGCGCAAGAAACAAGGUGGAUUAUGGCGAGGAAAAGAGCACAGCAAAAUGGGGACAGGAUGUGGUAACUGGCUACGGACAAACAAAAUGGAUUGCGGAACAGAUGGUAGUGGAGUUCCAGGACCAAGGUGGCGAUGUGUUGAUUUUUCGGCCAGGUCGUUUACUUGGUAGUCUAAGCAAAGGACUUAGCCCAAGCAGCGACUUAACCAUGAGAUUACUUUCAUCGUUCAUUGAAAUUGGAGUUGCGCCCAGCUUGUCUUGGUACAUCGAUUUCACACCAGUUGAUCUAUGCGCCGAAGCUUUGAUAGAUCUAGCAUCGAGUGGCAAGAACGGUAUCUAUCACUUCAUCAAUCCAAGACCGAUAUCGCUUGUCGCAAUCGUUGAGCAGCUAAACCGGUUGCUCAAGCCAGCGGGGCGCAGUGUUACCAUGAUACCUUAUCAGAACUGGAAGCAGAAGAUUAUGCAGAGUGUCACUCUCAGACCUCUCAGCGCAUUAUUUACAGAUUCAAUUGGCCAAAAUGCUAACGAUUGGAGUGUAUUGGACGCUUUGCUUGACACAACGACGUUCCGCAGGAGCUCUUAUUCUAUUCGAAGAUUACAAGAAGACAUUACCGACCCAGGUAUCUUGAAGUUUCCUGGCUGUUCAGAAUUACUGGCCAGAUACAUGGCUCAAGGAUUCUAA